AUGGAUAAAAUACUCCAUUCAAAAUCGGACAAGACAGUCGUUCAACAAGUCCGAGAGCUGCCAGAUCUUACGACAAACAUCUCCGAAGCCAAAGAAAAUGAAAUCAUGAGGAAAAGGCGUCCCCUGAAGCUAACCAUCGCUAAUUUAUCCGCGAAAGAUACGCUUUCAGUGAAAAAUGAAUGGUUUAAAACUGGAAAGUUUUUCAAUCAUCCAGUCGAUACAAUUGCGCCAGGACAAAAGCUAACAUUUUAUUGCGUCAAUACUGAUGGCUUUCAUUUGGCUGGUUUGAGCGGUGGAGUGGCGGUUGAAGUCAAAUCGAAGGAGAGAAAGAAUUUCUUUGAUUCACCUCUAUCUGAGCCAAAAGACCAGAAACGGCGUGACGAGUACCUAAUCUGUACCUUCUUCAACCCUCUCGUUGGCUGCAUCAAGUCCUCCAUGUUUCUAUCAACAGAAAGCGGGGAUGAUCAAAUUCAAGCUCUGUGGGAACCAAUGAUGGAAUGUGCUGUCGUCAAGGAAUCUUUCUACGGCAGUUAUCGAGAAUCCGACAAACACAUAAUUUUCGUCUGGAAAGAUUCAAAUAUCAACUGGAGCGCGCACGUAUCUUCAAUUGCACCCGAAGCACCUCCCGAAGAUGUACUGAAGCGGGAAUCGAAAACGAUUUCAGUAUUCACCAACAACACAUGCUUGAUGCCCGAAGGACUGUCAAGAGUCAAUAAUCUACCUUACACUUUAGAACGGGCGACGCAAAUUGGUGACAUUCUUCUAAACCCCAGUGGCAAGCGCCACGACGAAAUCAUAAACGAAGACAUUCCCGACGACCUGGACGUAAUCUGCUUGCAAGAAGUCUUCAACGAAGACGCGUGGAAGAUUCUCAACGAUAAACUCCGCUCAAAAUAUCCUUAUAUUCUGUUUGAUGCGCACAGAGUGCGCGUUACCAAUUUCAAGUUCUCAAUGGUGAACUCGGGACUAUACAUUGCCUCCAAGUAUCCUAUCGUUCAGUCAAAAUUCUAUCCGUUCAAAAAUUCAUAUGCCGAAGAUGCCUUAUCUGGAAAAGGCCUUUUAUGCGCCGAGAUCCGGAUCGGCGAGAAAACAAGCAUAAUCAUCGCCAAUACCCACAUGCAAGCUCCAACAGCCUCUUUUGUCAAAUCGAGUGCGACUCGCACCGAACAGUACAAAGAAAUGGAAGACUACAUGUCCGAGUUUGGCGAUAUGGCUGAGCUCGAAGUUCAAGCCGAAAUCAUUACUGGCGAUUUCAACACUGAUCCGCGCUCGCCCAUCGAUGAUGCUUGCCUCAAAAGCCAAAUCUUUGAGGACUUCCGAGAUCCACUGGCUCAUUGCGAGCUUGGCUCAUGUCUAAAAGUCGUUGCAUCCCGCCUUGAAGAAGUCCAAACGCCAUCUGGGCUCAAGCAAGUCCUCUUAGAUAAAGAUCCAAAAUUCAUCUGGUCGAGUUCGAAGCUCAACAAAGACACAGGAGAAGUAGAAUCACUUGACAACGGAUGCACCCGAUUCGACUACAUCCUGAUCCUUCCCCACACACCCAAGCCAAUUUCUGUCACUGCUCAGUUCCACACGAAACUCGCGGGGCUCACUGAUCACGUACCUAUUUCCGCGGUUUUAAGUCUUCAAAGCUAA